GGAACACACACAGUACACAUGAUCUGCCUAUCGUUUGAGAAUUGUUCACCUCUAACCUUGAUUUCAUGCGUUCAUACCUGCCCGAAGUCUGACACGUCGUACAUAUAUAUGAGAUGGUGACGGAAAUUUCAUUUUGUUUAGUUUUCUGAACGCUUGCAGGGGUCCUGAUGACCCACUGGUUCACUAAGGGUCAGGUCUGGCAAAAAUACAAGCUCAGUGUGUUGCUGGCAGACCUCGCAGACAAGGGCAAGACCUUGAUACAGGCUGCAGGCUUCGUUUACUUUGUACGUGAAUAUUGCAUCGAAUUAUCAGUGUGCAUGGGACCCAGCAUGUUGCCCACCUUCAACACUAGAGGAGAUGUCCUGUUGCUGGAGCACAUCACGACCACCUUUGGACACGUCCGUGUGGGAGAUGUAGUUCUAGCAAGGAGUCUACAGAAUCCAAAGCAGAUAGUCUGCAAGCGAGUGCUGGGGCUUGAAGGGGACGAAGUACGUGUGGCCCCAAGCACACACCUUGGGGAAGGCCGCAUGGUCAAGGUGCCGCGCGGCCAUGUCUGGUUGCAAGGGGACAAUACGCUGAACUCCACCGACUCGAGGCAUUAUGGACCGGUGCCUUAUGCUCUGAUCAAAGGCCGUGCAUUCUUGAAGGUCUGGCCGCCGCAUGAAGUAGGUUUGAUACGGAGCUACGUGCCAGAGCCAUUUGGGUAUCAGAGCAGUCGCUAAUUGAAUUUAAAGCUUUGUCAAAGACCGCUUGCUAGCAGAUGUGAGAAAGGUGGAGUUGAUCAACCAGUCAAGAUUUUGCAGUGCAGCUGGUUGUCAGGCCUAUAUUCAGGUCGGGACCAUGUCCCGGACCGGGCCGGGAACAAGCAUGUGUAUAGUAAGACACAGCAGCAGCAAAUCCUUGCGCAUGUCAGAGCUACAGCUUGCUCAUGAGCAGUUGCUGAUCAGUGCUGUUGCCAGCCUGGAAAGGACAGCGGAAGAAAUAAACUUGGAACAUCCUUGGAACGAAAUGCUGAUUUACCACUAGUUUCGCUUUGCUUCAGGACUUUCAGUUGGGGCAGUCUUGCCGGGGAAAAAAAGGCAAUAUUUCUUUUGCAUGAGUGACGGAGGAAGUUUUAAAACAGUUUUUGCAAGGAAAUGCAGUCAUAAAAGCAACCAUCCUAUUCAAAUGGCCAUUGCAAAGCUUAUGGUAACAGGCAAUUUGUUG